AUGACAACCUGGAGACGUAGCGAAUCCGCAAAGUCUCUAUGGUUUACCUUUUGUUUUUCUGCCAUCCAUUUGAAGAAAUCAAGAUACGCUUUGCAAUCCAGAAAAGACUUCAGCCGCCUCUUCAAACGACCUUCAUCUAAUAAUCAGCCCGUACAUAUUCCUUCACCUCCCUAUUCCGUUGACACCUUAAACAAUCCACUGAGUGCAUGGCAUCGACUUGGACAUGCUGUUUCGGUGGACAAUCUCUCUCUUCUUGACCUCAACACGACUUCUGCGAACUUCGGCCUCCAUCUAUCAUCAUUGGCUGUACCUGACGCUAUCUCAUCUUCUGGAGUUGAUAUAGGUUCGGGAAAGCAGGGCACAUGUCGGAUACCAAAUUUGAUAAGUUGUUGGCCUCAGCUUGACUGGCCUACUUCGUUUUAUUUCUCCAGUGCUUUGCAGUUGCCACAUUCGCUCAAAAAGGCAUCUGCAGAUACCGGAACGCCUGGAAAUCUUGAGGACUUGGUCAGUUUUACUGCACUUGUCACUAUUGGUAGUCUUGUCUUUGCAUUUAUUUCCCCUAUUUUUAUGAAUACUAUUUUAUAUUUUUCCAGUAUCCCAUCUUUACAAUUCGUCAUUCCUCCAUAA